AUGGAAGCCAUCGCCAAGCGCACCACGCAGGAGGACCUAAACUACAUAAAGCAAAAUGCCGGGUAUGCCUUGGCCAAGUCGUUGCUGUGGACCAUAAAGACGGACACGGAAGACCCCCUGGCCCUGCUAAGUGCGCACCUCGCCAACGUGGCCUCCUUCAACGCGAAAAAAAAAAAAAAAAAAAAAAAUUUAAUAAAAAAAAUAAACUCGUACAAUAUAAAGAUACGUGAUGAGAUAAAUAAAACGUUUUGCCAAAAAAAGUUAGCAGAUGUGUAUUCAUUCGCAAAAAAUAGUGGACAGAAGGACUGGUCGGAAGACUGUGUCCAGUUGUUGCAGUUAAUAAAACAAGUUUUCGAUAUACAGAAUGCUUAUGUUGGUAGGACAUACCUAACAGGACAGAAAAAGAAGAGAAAAAAAAUUCUGCGAUUCAUUCAGGCUACUCAGAAUUGUGAAUUACAGAAUGAAACCAUUCGUGACGAACAACGAGUAAACAGGAUCUUUACUAAAUCGAGGGGAGACAUUAAGGUGGAGUAUUUUACUUGUUCGAAGCCUUUUCCAUUUGAAACAGGUUUCCUGUUCCCCCAUUUUGUUCGGCCCGACUUCUGCUAUGACGACCCUGGCGACGACCUGUUCACGUGGGUCAACCCACUUCACCAGGGGGGGCACUGCGCACGCAGGGUGAAGAGCGGCAUGGGGGCCUCAGCCGGGGGGGAAGAGGCAGAAGAAGAAGCGGAUGAGGAGGAGGGAGAAGAAGAAGAGGCGGAUGAGGAGGAGGCGGAUGAGGAGGAGGCGGAUGAGGAGGAGGCGGAUGAGGAGGAGGCUGCUGCGGAGGAGACUGCUGAGGAGGAGACUGCUGGGGAGGAGGCCGCUGAGGAGGAGACUGCUGAGGAGGAGGCUGCUGAGGAAGCUGCUGAGGAGGCGCAGGAGCAGCCCCCCAGCGACGAACACAAGGGGAGUGGCCACGACUCCACCGAUGACCCAAGUGAAGAAAAAAAAACAGCAGCGAGCAACGAAGAGGAAGAACUUCAAACGGAACUACUCAACACCCUACACAUGAACCUGUCCUACGACUGCUUCUACAUUUAUGAAAUAAUGAGAGAAAAUAAUUCCUUCCUCUAUGCCAAGAGCCAACCAGGAGACCUUCUUUUAAUCCCGAUUGUUUAUUACUCUUACUACGAUUGGCAUUUCCUUUAUGCGCUGUACUGCCUCCGUGAGAGGGCCUUCCUGCAAUCGACUGCACCCUGUGUGCAGCUCGAGUCACGUGAGUGUGAAAAAGGAGAGGCAGACCAAGUUUUGGGGAGCCCCCAAGAGGGAGAAAAACAACAGAAAGAAGAAAAGGAUGAAGAAAAGGACGAAAAAGACGAAGAAAAGGACGAAAAAGGCGAAGAAACGGCGCAGGAACGGUCAAGCGGAAAGGACGCGAAGCCUAAGCUGGACUGGAAAAAAGCCGAGCCAGUCGAAAUGUGCCUCUGCCUAGACAACAGGGGCAGCGUCAACAAAAUGAGCAGACGACAGAUAAACGACUUGAUAAAUUUUUCCUACUUUCUAAUCACCCGGAUUGUGCGGGGGGAGCGCACAUGUGUGGAGGAGCAGGUCAACUACAUGAUUAGCUGCGAGCACGGAGAAGAAAAGAAGGCCACAGACACGCUGAGGAGCAAAAUGAAAAAUCAAAAUCACGAACACAUCAUAAGCGAAUUUAAAAACACCUUAACAGAACAUCCUCUCCUGAGCAAGUCCGAAGAUUUAACCAAAUGCAUGUGCCUCUUGCAGUGGACAAAAAAAGAAAUUAACAGACAUCAGCAGAGGAUUCUCCAGCUGAGGAAAGUAAAGGUGGAGUGGAACCAAAACGUCAGGGCGAUUUUACUCAGCUGCUACAUUUUGCUGGGUUAUGAUUACUCCCUGUUUGGUGCACCGGAUGAUGUGAAGGAGGACGCCCAGUGCGGGCAACUCACCCUGUGUGUGAAUGCCUUCCUCAUCGAUAAGCUGACGUCGUUUGACCCGCUGCUCUCCUUCGAAGGUUAG